AUGCCAGCAGUUCUAUCAUGUCUCCCGGUGGCGUACAAGAAGAUUGCCAUCGCUAAUAGGAUGAAGAGUUUGAGAGAAAAACUGAGGAAAAUCAAAAGCGAAAUUGAUAGCUUUAGCUUCAAAAAGGGCAGUGGCACUACUAAUGAGCAGGCAUACGAUGAACGUGAAACAACAUCUUAUUUGCCUGAAGAACCUGUAAUAGGGAGGGACCAAGAAAAACAGGAAAUCAUAAACUUGUUAUCUGCAAACACUUGCAACGAUGAGAUAGUGAUUGUUCCUAUAUAUGGCCUUGGAGUUAUGGGCAAGAGUACUUUGGCACAAUUAGUUUACAAUGAUGGCCAGUUCAAGCAGUAUGAUCAUCGUGUCUGGGUUUAUGUGUCCCAAGAUUUUAAUUUGAACAAAAUAGGAAGCUCUAUAAUUUCUCAAUUGCAACCACAAGGUCACCAAAAUAUGUGUAUACAGCAGGUCAUAAACCAAUGCCUUGAAAGCCUACUUUGUGGCAAGAAGGUUCUGGUCGUUUUGGAUGACCUAUGGGAGGAAAGGACGGCUGAGUUGGAUAAACUAAGAACGAUGCUUCACAUCAAGGACAGUAAAGUAGAUGCAAUAGUAACCACACGCAAGGAAGACAUUGCAAGAAAAGUUUGUACCAGUGAACCAUACAGGCUACAAACUUUGGAAGAUGAUAAAUGUUGGGAAAUAAUUAAGAGAUACAGUAAGUUUGAACUUAAAUCUGACCAGGAAAAAAUGGGGCAAAUAGGAUUGGAUAUUGCAAGGAAAUGUGGAGGUGUGAUGCUACGAUCCAUAGAUGAUCUGUCUGUAUGGAAAGAAAUUAAUAACAGUGAUAUCUGGAAUGGAUCUUCUGAAGAUUGUGAUGUGCUUCCAUCCUUGAAAUUAAGUUACGAAAGGAUGCCACCACAGCUAAGGAUAUGCUUUUCCUAUUGUGCCAUAUUCCCCAAAGGGCAUAAUAUUGUAGAAGAUGAUUUGGUUCAACAAUGGAUUGCUCUAGAUUUCACCGAGCAGCCGAAGGGAAAAUAA